CUGAUAGUAUUGUUAUUUUAUAGACCUUAUUACAAAUGUUUUUAAAAGUUAUUGUUAUUUUAAUAAUGACCUGAAUUAACACAUGUAGGAAGGAGCAUAUGCUCUUGUCUUUAAAAGCACGCAUGAACAAUAAAACUUAUUUAACAAGAGAUGUGCAAACAUUACAACUAGAGAUCCAAGAAAUAAUAAAAGGUAGUUAUUCAUCUUUUAUGCAAAAGGAAAUAAUGGAACAACCAGAAAGUGUUUACAACACAAUGAGAGGAAGAGUAAACUUCCAAAAUAACACUGUUUUACUUGGUGGAUUGGUAUCACACAUUGAUUACAUUAAAAGAUGCAGACGACUCAUAUUUAUUGCAUGUGGAACAAGUUAUCAUAGUGCUGUUGCUACUCGUCAGUUGAUGGAGGAGUUAACAGAACUUCCAGUUAUGGUUGAGCUAGCUAGCGAUUUCUUAGAUCGAAAUACUCCAAUAUUUCGGGACGAUGUCUGCUUUUUCAUAAGUCAGUCAGGUAAAUAUUAAAAAAACUGUGUUUUA